AUGGAUAAAAAAACUAAUCAAAGCAAGUUGUAAGACUAUGAAAUUCUUAACAAACUGGGCCAAGGUUCUUUUGGAGUGGUCUAUAAGGUCAAAAGAAAGAACGAUUAGAAAAUUUAUGUAUUGAAGCAGAUUGACAUUUCAAGGAUGUCGGGAGUGUAGAAGAAGGAGGCUGUGCACGAGGCAACUAUUCUCUCUAAAAUCAACAGUCCCUUCAUAGUCAAGUUUUACGACUCCUUCACAGACAAAAACCAAAUCAAUAUCAUUAUGGAGUACUGUGAGAACGGAGAUCUAGGUAUCUAUUUGAAGAGACAGAUGGGUAAACAACUUAGUGAAAGCAGAAUAUGGAAGUUUUUUAUUGAAAUGUGUCUAGGCAUGCAGUAUCUCCAUGCCAAUAAGAUAUUGCAUCGUGAUAUCAAAACUAUCAAUAUGUUUUUGACGAAGGAAGAUAAGAUCAAGAUUGGGGAUUUAGGAGUAGCCAAGAUGCUAAACCAAACUGCUAAUUUCGCUCACACUGUAGUGGGCACUCCAUACUACUUAUCGCCUGAGUUGUGCGAGGAGAAACCCUACAAUCACAAAAGUGAUGUCUGGUCUCUCGGAUGUGUCUUGUAUGAAUUAUGUACUCUUAAGCAUCCAUUCGAGUCUAAUAACUAGGGUGCUUUGAUCCUAAAGAUCGUAAGAGGAAAAUACAACCCCAUAUCUUCCUAGUAUUCAAAAGAUUUAAGUACAAUGGUUGACUCAUGCUUAUGUAAAGAUUAUAAAAAGAGGCCUAGUAUUAAUGAUAUAUUGAGCUUCCCUGUAAUGGUUGAAAAAUCUAGUUAUUUUGGGUAUACUGCUACCAGGCCAUUAGAACUAAAAGCUUAGCCUCUCUAAACCCCUUAAUAAUAAAAAUCAGCAAUGCCUCUGGAAUAAGUCAAAAAAAUAAAUGAUGCAGCUGCAGCAAUUAGAUCAAACUAAAACAAACCAGGAUAGGCUCCAACUUCAUAAAACAAUUAAAAAGAUCUAAUUUCUCAAAGAGAGAAAUAGUAUCAAUAAAAUCUUAUAGAUGCUAAGAAUAAGCAAUAAGCCCAGGCUUAGGCUUAAGGAAAUAAUUAGGAUAACAAGAGUGCAGGUGACUAACCUAGAGCUUUAGCUCAGGCUUAGUAAAAACCAAUUGUUAGUAGCAAUAACAUUCCGAAUUCUUAUGUUGAUCCAAAUAGAAGACAACCUAAUAUUGUUAGUCCUCAAUUAUAAAUCCAGCAAAAACCAAAUGUUCUAAAUAAUAAUCAAUUUGAUCAAAAGGAAUUUGAGAAAAAAUAGAUAAUUCAAAACCAACAGAGAAGGCCAGUUUCGAAUUAAAACGUGAGAUAACAGCCAGUGUUUGGAUAAUAACAACAGCAGUAAUAGUAAAUUCAACCAAUUGUAAAACAAAUCAGUUAAAGAGUAAAAAGUGGUGCACCUUAGUAACUCAGCAGAUAGGCAUAAAUGGCUUAAAGACAAGGUCAAAGAAUUAUCAAGCAAGGAGAUAGCGAUAGAUAACCGAUAUUCAAGCCAGAUAUAAAAGCUCUAUAGCCCUAGGAACAGUAAAAAAUUUAAUAGAUAAAGCAUUAACAACAUCAACCAAUAAACUAAAACAAGUAAAAAAGUAGCAAUGGAAGUGGCAGUGGAAAAUCUUACACAAACGAAGUCUAAGAGGUAAUGAAUCUCCCAGAUGAAAUAGAUUCCAAGAAGAAGAAUAAUGCUGCAUCUCAUCAAAUGAAAACCAACUAAGAGAUUAUUAUGGAAGCUCAGCGCAAGAGAGAUGCCUUGAACAGAGUCAACAAUAAAUAUGCAAAUGAGAUUUCUAAUAAAUCUGCAAGUGAACUAAAUGAUAUGAAACUUGUCAUUCCUUAAGGAAAAAAUAUUGAUAAUCCCUCUUCGUAACAAACUCCAACUGAUUCUUCAAGAGCUUAUUAGUCAACAGAUUCUAUGAGCACUCCAUCUCAAUAAUAAGAAUACAAUGAUGAAGAACUUAUACCAGUAGGUUAAAAAUAAAUAGACGAUGAUGAGUUUGCAGAAUUACUCAAUGGCGGAGGGUAAUUUGUUCAAGCCAAUUGGAACAUUAGAGCCACAGACAACACUUAAGGAUACAGAGAAACUUAAUACGUGCCACACUAUGAGGAGUAAAAAGAAGACGAUUAGGUAGAGUGCUUUAAGGUUUAAUACCAUAGAGAUCCUUCUCCAUUUAAUAACAAAAUGAAGACCAUCAAGGAGGAGGAUGAAGAAAAAAGGUCGAAUGGAUCAGAUACAGCUUAUUUUUCUCCAGAUCAAGAUGCUGAGUUCAACGACAGAGAUGACCCAUAUGAUUCUGAUGAGGAGUACAAGAAACGUUUAGAGAAACUUGGAUACAAUGAUUUUGAUGAUGAUGAGGAUAAUCAACCAUAUGACUUGGAGGAGCAGUAGCGUCGAGAGAAGGAAGAGUUUGGGGAUGAUGAGGAAGAAGAAGAUUAAGAAGAAUAGGAGGACAAAGUACUGCAAGACGUGGAUCCUAUGAGCAUGACCAUGUAGAUGGAGUAAAGGCGAAACUAUGAGAGGGAAAUCAAGAAGUUCAGAGGAAAGUAAAAUGAAUAUAAGUUAAAGAUCGAGCGAAAAGUAUAGGAAGGCUCUGAGCUUGCUGGAGUAUAAUUCUUUAAAGAAUGUUUUGAGCUAUUCUGUAAAAAGGCAUAGGAGGCUGAUGACAUGACUGAUAAGGAUAUGAUUUAGAUCACAGAAUUGAUUGCCUCAAGACUUCCACAUGAAAAAUCUGUUUAAUUAACUGGAGUGUUAUUCUAGUUGUAUUUCUAUAAGGAGGAGUUGUCAGACAGUGAUAGAGAAAUACAGAAACUGUCACUAAAAAUACAUGAACUAGAUUGA